UUGUCGGACCGGCCCGAGCUGCAGCCCGCAGCAACCAACAGCGAAAUCUCCCCAACUAGGCGCCGUCGCCUCUUUGCCCUAACUCUUCCUAAGUUGCGGGAGGCAUUUCCUCCUCCGCCACCGGGGCAAAGCCGUCUCCUCCUCCUCCUCCUCCUCCUCCGCCACCGGGGCAAAGCCGUUUCCUCCUCCUCCUCCUUCUCCUCGGCCGGUCAGGGAUGGAGGCGGACGCGGAGCGGGAGGAGCUGGCCCGGCUCCGCUCCCUCUUCGCCGCUUGCGACGCCAACCGGUCGGGCCGGCUGGAGCGCGAGGAGUUCGGCUCGCUGUGCGCCGAGCUGCAGGUGCAGCCGGCCGAUGCGGAGACGAUCUUCCAGCGGCUCGACGCGGACCGGGACGGGGCCAUCACCUUCCAAGAGUUCGUCCGGGGCUUCCGCGGCGCCAACCGCGGGCGGCGGCUUGACCUGCGGCGGCGGCUUGAGCUGCGGCGCGGGGUGCUAGAACGCGGGCUGGGAAUCGUCGGCGGCCCGCAGCUGGGCGACGAGGAGGAGGACAGGGAGGAAGAAGCGGAGGGCUAUUACGAAGAGGAGGAGAAGGAGGCGACGGCUGGGGAGGCCUCGGGGGGCCCGGAGGGCCUCGGGCAGGCGUGGCAGGACUUCCAGGCCCGGCUCGGAGAGGAAGCCAAGUACAUCCCCAGAAAAGAACAGGUCAGUGUUCUCUAUCAGAACAUCAGCCUCUUUGAGCCAAGAUUAAUUCAACCUUAUGAGCAUGUUAUCAGGAACUUCAUCCGGGAGAUCAAGCUUCAAAGCACGGAGAUGGAGAACCUUGCUAUUGCAGUUAAAAGGGCACAAGACAAAGCAGCCAUGCAGUUGAGUGAGCUGGAAGAGGAGAUGGAUCAAAGGAUUCAAGCUGCAGAAAACAAGACUAAAAAAGAAGAAAAGCGGAAAGCUGAAGAGGCACUCAAUGAUCUCAAGCGACAGUAUGAGGCAGAAGUGGGAGAUCUGCAGAUGACCAUCAAGAAACUCAAAAAGCUGGAAGAACAAUCCAAAAACAUAAGCCAGAAAGAAGACAUGGCUGCAUUAAAAAAGAAAAUUCAUGACUUAUCCAUGGAGAACCAGAAAGUGAGAAAGGAUCUUUUAGAGGCACAGACGAAUAUAGCCUUUCUUCAGAGUGAACUAGAUGCCUUGAAAAGUGAUUAUGCUGAUCAGAGCCUGAGUUCAGAAAGGGAUCUGGAAAUAAUACGGGAAUACAACGAAGACAGAGAUAGUCUGGAAAGGCAAAUCGAAAUGCUUCAAACAGCUAACAGAAAACUUCAUGACAGCAAUGAUGGUCUAAGAACUGCCCUGGAAAACAGUUUCAGCAAGCAAAACCGAAGCCUGCGUGCGAGCAGUGUAUCUCCGGUGAGCGUGAUUGCAAGAAACAGUCCCAAACUGCACGGUGGCCAAUCCCCUCAAACUCUACAGUCUGACAGGUUGUCACGGUCAUCUUAUAUGGAUGAGGAUUGUGAUUCUUUGGCUCUGUGUGAUCCCAUGCAACGGAUUAACUGUGAGGUGGAUAGUCUGCCUGAAAGCUGCUUUGACAGUGGCCUAUCUACUUUCAGAGAUUCCAACGAAUAUGACUCUGAGAUUGAAUGCAAGCCCCCAAAGAUUUUCCAGCCACCCCAGAGUGCUCAACAGAGUGUGACCGGAGAUGCGUCUGAUACAGAUACUGAAAGCUCCUCGCGGGCAGGGAACGUCUACCAGUCCUGUUGUGUUGGAGUCUCCCAAACACGCUGUACAGUGGUUCCAGAGAUAAGAGAUGAAGAGGCUUAUGGUUCCAAUAAUACCGUUAUCCAGAAUCCGAACUCUCCUACAACUCUGUUAGACUGGAAACCCAAAGGAUGCUUCGGAUCUUCAACCAGGAAGCCCAUCUCAGCACUCUCUUCCCAGUCAGAUCCAGAGGAUGGCCCCCCAAAAUAUCCUAGCUCAGAGAAGACGUUCAAGAUUGUUCUUGCUGGAGAUGCUGCAGUUGGAAAAUCCAGUUUUCUCAUGAGACUUUGUAAGAAUGAAUUUCGAGGGAACACCAGCGCCACCCUCGGUGUUGACUUUCAAAUUAAGACUCUGGUUGUGGAUGGAGAACCUACCGUGCUACAGCUCUGGGACACGGCUGGUCAGGAAAGAUUCCGAAGCAUUGCCAAGUCCUACUUCAGAAGAGCGGAUGGUGUGUUGCUGCUUUAUGAUGUCACCUGCGAGAAAAGUUUCCUCCAUGUGCGAGAAUGGGUGGAGAUGAUUGAGGAUGCAACCCAUGAGAGCAUUCCCAUUAUGAUUGUGGGGAACAAGGCAGACCUUCGUGAGGCAACUUCCACACAGGAGCCAAAACAUGUGCCCAUAAACUGUGGAGAGAAACUGGCGAUGGCCUAUAAUGCAUUGUUCUGUGAAACAAGCGCCAAAGAUGGUUCGAACAUAGUGGAAGCUGUUCUCCACCUUGCUCGUGAAGUGAGAAAAAGAACGGAUGAUGACACUAAGUCAGUUACCAACCUGGCUGGGACAAGUUCCAAAAAGUCAACCCAGAUGAAAAAUUGUUGUAAUGGUUAAAUGUCAUAUCCUUCAUUCAGCCUAUGGAAUUUUCCUUUGCCAACCAGUUGUAUUUGUGGAGUAAUUUUAAAAGGUGUGAUGUGUGUCAGUGGCAACCAGAAUGUGAAACGCUGCAGAAUCUGGGAAUUUUAGAGCUUGUGCACUAUAGCAAGUAGCCAAAUUCCCUCCCCCGCUCCCCAACUUUACUUUGGCUUUAGGGAAGUAGAGAGAGAGAGAGGUGUAUGCAUAUAUUUCAUCUUUUGCCAUCAUUCUUGGGCUGUAGUCAUUUCCUGGUGGGGUUUGAGUAGAGUAAUGAUAUCAGAUAACACUAAAAAUUUUGGCUUAAGCUUGAAUCACAAUUAAGAAGGAAAUUCACACAGAGUAGAUGGACUCAACUGAUGACGGUAAACUUUUCUGUAACCCCCAAUGGUAUGUUCUUGAAGUACUGCAAGGACAGUUAAAUGAAAAACUUAGUUCUUGACUAUUGGAGGUGUUGUUUUAGGUACAAAGGGGGAGUACUGAUUCACUCGUUCUUUAAAAUGAGACUGCUUGUUGAAAGAAAGAAAACCAUUGCUGUAUCUCUUGUUACCAAGCAGCUUCAUCAGUGAGUUUGAGAACUGAGUGAUAUUUUUCUUCUGUAUAACAGAUUGGCUCCCAAACUGCUUGUGUGUGUGGAAAGGAAGCCUGUGAUAGAGUAUGCUAAAUAUGUGGCUUAGGUGAAGAAACUUCAGUGGUCUCUUGAAGGUGUAAGGUAGUCAAAAGCAGAAAAUAUUCCAGAAGUUUCAUUUGUUGGAACAUUAUUGUUCUGCACUUUGAAACUAUUUUGAGUUUGGUUAAGAGUAUUUUAGUGUACAUUUAGUAGCUUGUCCCCCAGCUGCAACUUAGUUCUGUAUGGCUUAUUUUGGAAACUGACCAAUUUAGUAGCCUAGUUUGCCCCUAAUGGAAACCUGACAGAACUUCUAACUGUAUUUGUUGCUUUUCUUUGCUACAUUUUAACAUUGUAUAACUUUUUCAUAUUACAGCAUUCACUUUUAACGUUCUUUUAAAUGGGAUUUGUUUGGAGGUUAUUUAAUCUUACAUCCCAGACCAGUAAGAAAAUUUCACUAGGGAAUCCACAGAGAGAAUCUUUACACUCUCUAAAAGGUAGUUGGGAAACAGCAAAUGAAAUGGCGGUGCCUGUUCUGCACGUGCCCGAUAAUCCCAUAAAACAUAAGCAACUCAGGAACAGGCUUGUCUUUCACUAACAGACAGUUCUUGAAAAACGGUUUAUCAGCAUGAAAGGUAGAUGAAACCUUGGCAUUUAAAGGUAGCGAAUAAUCAUCAUCACUGUUCCUCCAGAUAUGUUCCAGGGAACAAACGGCCACCCUUGUUAGCAGUGUAUUUUAAUGGCUGGCUGGUUCCUCCAGUUUGAAUGGGGUCAGGGGAGUAGGUGGGGAGCAGAGGGUUAGUACCCGGCUACAACCCCAUAUGUGAACUGAGAACUGGCCGAUGACGUGCUCGAUCCUGUAGCCCACGAGGCAGAGUGCAAGAAACCCUGGUGGUCAGAGGGUGUGGCAAGAGGAAGGUAUUUCUGCCUAUGAAACACGCGGCCUUUGUAGUCUGAUAUGAGAAUACCUGGCAUACCUGAAAAGGAAAUCGACCAGAUUGUGAGCCUGGCAGUUGGCUCACAAUAAGAUGUUUUACAUAUCUCGGCUUGUGUAAAUUCAGGCUCAAGGUACCAGGCUGAAGAAAUUGAAAAGGAAACUUUUUCUUUUAUUCUCCAGUAACAAAGUUUGUCAAUAACAGGUCAGAGUUUGAGGGAUUAGUGUAAUAAAAUGGUGAUUCAGUUUCCCAAUAAUGUAAAUCAGAUGUACCUUUUGAAUUUUCAUUUUUAGAGGUUCUUAGUCUUAAAAAAUGUAUAUUGAAUUCAGUAAGGCAGGGAACCUUUCAAAGGAAAAUGAUUUUAUACUGAAAAUGGUUUUGAGUGAUUUUUUUUCUUUCUGUCACAUAAGAAGCAGAAACUCUCAAAGCUAGUGGAUGAUCAUAUCUAUUUAAUACCCAUAACACUUUUGCUUUAAUUUAAAAAUAAACUUUGAGUACUCCAUAUUUAUUGAGUUAAUUUAUUUACUAUUUAUAUAAGCUAAAACUAGCUCUCUGUUUGCUCAAAAUAAAAUCCCAAGGAGAUCUUUUUGUAAUAGGUUAUUCAUACAGAAAAUUUUUUAUUGACAGAGUUUCAAUUCCUAGAUGACAAAACUCUUGAAACGGAAAUAGUAACACAUUAAAAAUAUGCACUCUGUCCCGCUAUGAUAGUUUUUUGUUGUUUUUUUUUUUUGACAACAAGUCUCUUGUCUAGAUACAAUACCUCUACUGUUUUGUCAGUCGAUAUUGGAGGCUUUAAGUGAACAUUUAGACAGUCUGAAAACAGCCCAUUUUGGUUUUCCGCACAAGAGAGCAUAUACGGCAAAGAAAGAGAGCUUGUCUGUACUGUUGGUCAUAGACAUAAUAAGGAUUCCUAAUGUCUUAGUGAAGCUGAAGUUUUGCUGUUGUUCUGCUGUAGGAUGCUAGAUCAACUAGGGGCUUUUGAUGUUUGAUGUUUUGAAGUCAGUAGCAGUAAUAAUCGUUAAGGUAUCGUUUAUGUGAAAGUGACAAACUUGUAUGUUCGCUUCUCAGUGGUUCAUCUCAAUAUAUGAAGCUGUUGGUAGAAUUAAUUCAAAGUUAGGCUUGGAGCUGCAAGUGCUACCUUGGGGCAUUGAUUCCUCCCUAUCUCCUUAUUUGCCCAACAAUCUGCAAAUAUGGUGAUUUUUAUGUAUUUGGCACAAAUAUUUUGUUUUCUGACUCCAUUAUUAGAAGAGGAAAUGAUCCAUUUAAGAGGGCCAAGAGAGCUUAUUACUCUGGAUGGAGUCUUUAGUGCAGUUUGGCUAACAGAAAUUAAUCAUUUUGGAUAAAUUUUUAAUUCUGAUCUCUUGUAGAUCACAGUGGAUCUGCGUUUUUGCUUGAUAAUUGAACCACCCCCUCCCAUCCCACCACACACACACACACACACACACACGCGUGCACGCGUGCACAGAAAAAAACUCUUGGCCAUGCAUUCAAAAUGCCUUCAUGUGAGAUUAAUAAUGCCAGUUCACUCAACCAGAAAUGGCUGAAAAAAUAUUUUAAAAAAGCCCAUUUCCCUCCCAUACCAGGCCACAGUACAAUAUUUAAUACUUUUCAUAUCCCAGACUUCAAACUGAGCUGACGAGCAGCUUCUCACUUAUUCCCUAAGAGUCCCAGGCAAAUAAUAGAUCUGACCAUAUUCAGCUUAAAUCUCACGAGGCCACCAGUACAUCUCAUUCCUUCCUAAUGAAUUCUGGCACUUUUGACAAUGUUGUCAUUUCGGGAGGAAAAUAGCUUAUACGAGACAAGCUUCACACCACUUUUAGCCCCAGGUGCAUUUAAUUGCUUUUCCACUAAUUGCUUUAUAUGAAGUUUGCCAUUUGAUAGUAAACGUAGUGUGCAUUUGAUAGUAAACGUAGUGUGCAUUACUCAAAAUUAAAGCCUUUAAUGUAAAGAUUUAUUUCCUCUUCGUACAGUGAUCUGCUUCAAAAUAAUUGUUUUAGGCUUUUACUGUAGAUGCAUAGGAGAAGCUUUAUAUGUUCAAAGGAGGUAGAACUUACAAAGCAAAUUGUUUACGCAAUUUUGAUUUAUUUGUUCUACACAUUUCAUAGAGUGGAAUGUUUUGUCGUUGUUGUCGUUGUUGUUGUUGUUGUUGUUUGAGCGAUGUAGUUCUCUUCAAUCCACUGCUUUUUUGUACCGGUUCAGAUGUCAAAGGAACCAGGAAUCUUGUCUUCAUUGUAAAUUCAAUAAAGUGUGCUUUAAUUGG